AAAGAGACUCAUUUGCAAAUCAUACUGCAGUCUCACCCAGCCUCUUCUCACAUCAUUCUCGUGAAUUAUAAGACUACCGCUCAUCACCGGCAUUAGUAGUCGUCGUAGUAGCAGUAGUAGUAGUAGUAGUCGUAGUAGUAUUUUUGAAAGAAAACGCGACAAUGGGGAACUGUCAAGCCAUUGAUAAUGCAAGUAUAGCGAUUCAACAUCCCUCUGGUAGAGUAGACAAGCUUUAUUCCUCUGUCCCUGCUUCUCAAAUCAUCAAGUUGAAUCCUUCUCAUUAUGUGGCUCUUCUGCUCACCACCACCACCACGGCGGCUGCCACCACGGGGGAGCCUCUUCGUAUAACACGUAUCAAGCUUCUGCGGCCAACUGACACUCUUCUCCUUGGCCAUACCUACAGACUCAUCACUGCUCAAGAGGUGAUGAGGGAAUUGUUGGCGAAAAAACAUGCAAAGAUACAGAAGAAGCAAUCAGUAGAAUUAGUCUCCAAGAGAGAUGAGAAGCCAAGUUCAGAUUUUGAAUGCCAGAAAAUUAGUAAACAUCAGGUGAUAAAACACGAUAGACAUCGACCAAGAAAAUCUUUAUCGACAAAUUCUGCAACUGCAAGAUCAAGAGGAUGGCAUCCAUCACUCAAUAGCAUCUCUGAAUCCAGCAGCUGACCAAGUUUAUUCGCUGCUCGCCAAAACCCCCAUCAGACCAGUAGUACCCGGAAGCAUGUAUACGUGAGCUGUUUGCGGUCAAAAUGGUUUUGUAGCAGAUUAAAUUGAUUCAGAUUUCUAAGAUUUACAUGAUCUUAUCAAUGCUCAAAUUUGAUGAAGUGUUGUGUAUAGCAAAGAUGAGGUUAUUUAGCUCCAUCUUAUCUGCUUCUGGUUUGUAAGGAGAUUUGAGUCUGUCUAGAAACAUUAUUGUAACUUCUUGAGUGCUGAAAAUAAUUUCAUUAGUUUCAGACUUUCAGCUAAAAA